UUUAAAGAUUGACCCUUCUAAGUAAUCCAAAUUUCGUGCCGCCAAAAAGUACCUUACAUCGCGACCUGAGAGCUAAACCUAGCUGCUAACUGUCCAAGGGCCCGGUUCAAAAUUGAGCUUCUGCGUAUCUCUUCUGCAAUCCAACUUGAUCCAAAUCGAAAACGCAGAAAAAGAACCUCGCUUGAUUGCAAUAUCUACAGGCUAUGGUGAUCAUCAAGAUUCUUUCACGGUAUGCUUCUCCACUCCCAUCUCUCUCUUUCAAAACUCAUCCAAGAAACCCAACUUCGCUUCUUUCUAGACUGCUCUCCUCUUAUCAACUAUCUCAUGUAAACGACGACGUGGAUACUGUCUUCCGCAUCGUCACCAGCUCUUUCUCAUCUGAUAACUUGAAGCAAUCGUUGGAAUCAAGUGGGGUUUUCCUCUCCAAUGAUUUGAUCGAUGAAGUACUGAAAAGGGUCAGGUUUAGCCAUGGCAAUCCCUUACAGGCCUUAGAAUUUUUUGAAUACACGGCGAAUAGAAGGGGGUUUUAUCAUACUGCGUUUUCUUUGGAUACGAUGCUUUAUAUAUUAGGUAGAAGCCGCAAGUUUGAUCAAAUUUGGGAGGUUUUGAUUGAUACGAAGAGGAAAGAUCGAGACUUGAUAUCUCCACGGACAUUGCAAGUGGUUUUAGGUAGGAUUGCAAAGGUUUGCUCGGUUAGGCAGACAGUGGAGUCCUUUAAGAAGUUCAAGAAGCUGAUUUCAGUGUUUGAUACAACCUGUUUUAAUGCUUUGCUGAGGACUUUGUGUCAAGAGAAGAGCAUGUCUGAUGCUAGAAAUGUUUAUCAUAAUUUGAAGCGUGAUUUCCGACCCGAUUUACAGACGUUUAACAUACUUUUGUCCGGUUGGAAAUCAUCGGAAGAGGCAGAAGGAUUCUUUGGGGAGAUGAAGGAGAUGGGAGUGAAACCUGAUAUUGUUUCAUAUAAUUCUUUGAUUGAUGUGUAUUGCAAGGGCAGAGAGAUAGAGAAAGCCUACAAGGUGGUCGAUAAAAUGCGUGAGGAGGAUAUAUCACCUGAUGUCAUCACAUAUACAAGCAUAAUUGGGGGAUUGGGGUUAGUGGGUCAGCCUGAUAAAGCCAGAGAUGUUUUGAAGGAAAUUAAGGAGUAUGGAUGUUACCCAGAUGUUGCAGCUUAUAAUGCUGCUAUUAGAAACUACUGUAUUGCGAAGAGGCUUGGUGAUGCUCAUAAGUUGAUGGAUGAGAUGCUGAGGAAAGGUUUGAGCCCAAAUGCCACUACCUACAAUCUGUUCUUUCGGGUUUUUUACUGGUCGAAUGAUUUGAGAAGCUCAUGGGAUUUAUAUGAAAAGAUGAUGAAUGCUGGGUGCCUACCGAAUACACAGUCUUGUAUGUUCAUGAUAAGGUUAUCUAGGAGGCAAGAGAAUGUGGAGAUGGCACUGUGUUUAUGGAAGGACAUGGUGGAGAAGGGUUUUGGAUCGUAUACUUUGGUGUCUGAUGUGUUGUUGGAUUUGCUUUGUGAUUUGGGGAAGCUGGUGGAAGCAGAGGAAUGUUUCUUGGAGAUGCUUGAAAAGGGGCAUAAACCAAGCUUUGUUGCUUUUAGAAGGAUCAAGGUGCUUAUGGAACUGGCAAACAAGCGUGAGGCCCUUGAGAACUUGACGAACAAGAUGGCUAUUUUUGGGCCUUGGUAUAAAGUUCCUGAAAAAGAACAUAACCAUUGGAAUACAAGAGAAAUGGAUUCAUUGCCAUGCUAAUAAUUCAAAGGGAUCCAAUCACAGGAUUUAGAUUUGAUUGGGAGAGAGGAAAAAAUUAUGUCAAGGCAUCUAUAAGUAUGUAUGGCAUGAUGAAGGAAAAGCUUUUCAGAACUCAGUAACUUGUGUUGUAAUGGCUCAUGCUUAAUGUGAUAGAGACCAAAGUGGGCCAAAUUACACUAGGCCACAAGGGAGCUCAAGGAAAUGAGAAGGCUCUCGUCCACAAAGGAAAUCAUGGCCUCAUGAGCUUAAGAGGUCACGGUUUAGGCCUCAUGAAUAAUGAAGGUCACGGCAAGAUCCAUUCAAAGGGAAAUCCUCACGGCAAGGUCCGUAUAGGUGGAAAUCAAGACCCAAUUCAAGUUGAGCAAAGUCCACAUAGAGAAAAGCCUAUGAUGCAUCCCAUUCAAGGCAGCAUGGGCUGUCCAAGUGGAGAUCAAGGCGGCAUGGCUAUCCAAGUGGAGAUCAAGGCGUUUGGGCCAAAGUUGGAAGCCUACAAAAGAGGAAAUCCAAGACCAUUUGGCCGAAGGCAGAGCCGGCCAUGCAAUGUCCUACAAAUUAAGGGCAAAUGGCUGAUUCCUCAUGAGAAAUUUUCUCUCACCCGUGAGAAAUUUUCUCUCACCCGUGAGAAAUUUUCUCUCACUCAUGAGGAUUUUUCUCCUUCAUCUCAUCACAAUUGGCAACACUAAGAGUCUCAAUUGGCAACACUAAGAGUCCACAAAAUCAUGGACUCUCGGGAAUCAAGCAAUUGGAAGGCCUCGCAUCUUCUCAAAGUCUCCUAGCUGAACUCUGCUCUUCCAAAAGCGUAUCAAACAUGUGUAAAAUAUAUUGAACAUGUGGAGAAUCAAAGGAACUUAUCCCCAACCUCUUCUUGGCCAAUUCUCCUGCUCAGUUUUUUCAAGAAGAGCUUUUCUCUUACAACAACUUGGUUGGAUUUUAUAUGUUAUCUCCAUAACCGAAACUCUACUCCAAGAAGAAGUUAUUGCUGAGCACUCUACUCCAACAAAAUAUGGUUGGUCAUAUCCUUGAAGAUUCCAAGCAUUACAUUCAAGAGUAACGGGUCCAUAUUUAUGUAUUUUAACAUGUUUGCAUUUAUUGUUUUAGGAGUCCUAGAUAAGCAUUAAAGAUAAACAUCAUAGAUCAUUUAGGAGUUCAAUGUCUAUUGUAAUUCUCUCGGCCUACAUCUAUAAAUAGCUCUCAUGCAUUUGUUA